AUGGGGACAGCAGCCCCAGCCCUUUUGGUACUGCUCAGCCUAAGAGUGACUAUUUGUGAUGCUGAGGACACUUGCGCAGGUGAACAUCUUCAUUUCUCAGAGGUAAGAAUAGUGGGACUGCGUGAUGCUGACCGACUUGCCAUUCUUCAAGGAUGUCCAGGGAUCCCAGGUGUCUCUGGCCCAAAAGGAGAAGCAGGUCUCCCAGGAACAAAAGGAGAAAUGGGAGACCAGGGAUUCCCUGGGAAAGCAGGACCACCUGGAGCAAAAGGAGCAGCUGGAGAGCCCGGCUUCCCAGGACUGAAAGGAACAAAAGGAGAACCUGGAUUUCCAGAAGUAUGGGAACCGGGGAACUGCCAAGAACUGUUGGCCAAAGGGAAGAUUUUGAGUGGCUGGUACACAAUCUACCCCCAAGACUGCAAUGCCACCACCGUCUUCUGUGACAUGGACACGGAUGGUGGGGGAUGGAUUGGUCUCUUUCAGGUUUUUCAGAGGCGCUGGGAUGGGUCAGUGAACUUCUUGCGAGAUUGGGAUUCGUACAAACGAGGCUUUGGCAACCAGUUGACAGAGUUCUGGAUGGGGAAUGACAACAUCCACUUCCUCACCUCUCUGGGACCCUGUGAACUCCGCAUUGACCUGAGAGACUUUGAGAACAACUACUAUUUUGCCAAGUAUGCUUCAUUCAGAGUUUUAGGAGAGUCAGAGAAAUACAGACUGAUUCUAGGAGACUUCCUUGGUGGAAACGCUGGGGACUCUUUAUCGUACCACAGGGACAUGCCAUUUUCAACAACAGAUCGUGACAAUGACAUGAGUUCCUUUAACUGUGCCACAGAAUACAAGGGAGCGUGGUGGUACAAUGACUGCCAUUACUCCAACCUGAAUGGGAUGUACUGGAUGGGUGCGCAUGGGAGCUAUGCUGAUGGCAUCAACUGGAAGACAGGCAAAGAAUACCACUACUCCUAUAAGCAAACAGAAAUGAAGUUCAGGCCAGUUUAACAUGGUGACAGGAUGUCUGGCUAGAUCCAAGAGGUGCCACUGACCCACCAACAGAAGACACAAAACAAUGUUGCUUGGGGACAAAAAUGGACCAGAAAGGAUAUUACAGGUUGUGCCUUCUGCCUAGAGCAGGAUUUUUGAAGCCAAAAGAUAUCAGUACUGGUCUGAGCUCCUGUAAGCACCAGACCCUGAACCUCUCUCACCCUGACUACCUUCAGCAGCCCCACUGAUACAGACUGAGCCCAAGCACCUUCUGAAAAGUGCGUUACUUUUACUAAAGACCAGGUGAUGAGUGGGGCCAGUGCACCUCAGUAAAGCUCUCUGAUAUUACUACCCUAAAUGGUAAUUACUGCUAAUCUCCAGUAUAAUCCAUGUAUACGAAGACUCCAAUAUGCAUGCAGCAUUUUUCUAUUGGACCCAAGAGCCAUCCAAAAGGCACUGAAUUCUUGACCUGUCCCACUCUCCCUGCAGGCUGUGAUGGAGCCACAGCAUAGAAUAGCAUGGAAAAGACUGAGCUUCUAGCACAGUGCUGUCAGCACUACCAGUUUCCCAUUUCUUUCCCUACAUGUUCCAGGACCUCAGGUGGGACCCCAGCUCCUGGAACCACAGCAGAGUUGCUCAGCACUUCCCACCAGGACACAGCUGCAGCUGGGCCCAGAGCCAGCUUUAGCCAUUCUUCCAGGGCAUGUUUCUAGAUCUCAUUAGCUGGUAUGGACCAAGAGCUGUAUGCAAAACAGUCUGUUCAGCAUCAUGUGUCGUACCAAGACACUAUAGCAGUUCCAAGUCAAGCCUUGCACAUGUGGUCAUCAUGUACAGCGCAAGUACCUUCCACUUCAUCUUGUUUCCAGCAGCGUUUGAGGGUAGCUUAUCUGCUGGUGGGUGGACACAGUUCACCUGGUUCAUGUAUUGUAUUUGACUAUUAGCACAACUGGGUCUUGUGCUGCUGGACUCCUCGCCACAGCUGACAGAGGAGAACCAAGUGAUAACUCUUCA